AUGGAAGAAUUAGGAAGUGGAUUUUCAUCUUCAGUUAUAAAAUGUUCAAAUAAUAGAACAGGACAAUUAUAUGCUUUAAAACAAAUUAAAUUAGAUAAGAAUGAUGAUAAAAAUUCAACUAAAAUGAUUGAAGCAGAAUUUAAUUGUCUUGUAGAAUGUAAAAUUUGUCCAUAUAUUUGUAGUAUAAUUGAUAGUUAUCAUUUCAUUGAAGAUAAAACUCUUUAUAUUUUAUUGGAAUUUAUGGAUAGAGGAACAUUUAAAGAUUGUUUAAAAGGUAGUAUUAAUGAUAAAAUACCAGAAAAUAUUUUAAGUUUAGCUGCUUGUCAAUUAUUAAUGGGUUUACAAUUUGCUCAUAACAAGAAUAUACUUCAUAGAGAUAUUAAACCUGAAAAUAUUCUACUCAAUUCAGAUGGCUUUGUUAAAUUAGCCGAUUGGGGGAUGGCAUCAAUA